AUGGUGGACCAGACGCCGCAGGAGCUGCAACCAGUCCUCCAAGAAUUCAAGCAAUUGAUCGAAUCAAACACCCGAGUUUACAUGCUCAUUACCGGCAUGUUCCAGGAGAUCCCUCCAAAAGAGCCGUACUGCAGUGACCCAAACGGCGCGGCUCGGAUCCGCGAUUAUGAGCAUUUCUUGCAAGUGCUGAAUUAUCUUCUCACUACCGCUCCCUCAUGGACGGACAAGGCUCAUCGAGUGGACCUGGUCGGUCUCCCCAUCAAUACCCUUCUUGACUGGGCUACGUGGACGCCUAGCGGCCGUGCUGCAUUCUUGGACCCGGAGAUCAAUGCCAUGCUAAAAAAAGUGCUCAAUGCCUGGGGAGAGUACUUGCAAUCCCCAGCCUCAGCGGAAGUGCUUAACGACACCAUUCAUGGCUGGUUUGGUGAGACGGGAUACCGCGAGCUCACCCGCGUGGCCAGAAUUGGUCCAACUGCGGUCGAGACUUUGAAAUUCCAGGAUAUGUUCGAGUGUGAUCCUUCGGCACCACACUUUGGCUUCAAGUCAUGGGACGACUUUUUCACCCGCAAGUUCGCCGAGGGAAUGCGACCCGUCGCCGAGCCCGACAAUGACAAGGUGAUUGCGAACGCAUGCGAGUCGAAGCCUUACCGGGUCGCACAGAACUUGCAGGCUCGGGACACUUUCUGGAUCAAGUCGCAGCCUUAUUCUGUGAUGGACAUGAUGCACUUUGACGACCUGGCCGAGCCCUUUGUUGGCGGUACUAUCUACCAGGCCUUCUUGAGCGCCCUGAGCUACCACCGCUGGCAUGCACCCGUCAGCGGCACGGUGGUGAAGGCAUAUGUCAUUGAUGGUACCUACUUCUCCGAGCUCUUAUUCGAGGGUGUGGGCAACCCCAAAUUCAAUGCUGCAAGCAUCAAGAUGGAAGGCCAGAGAAUGUCUCAGUCCUAUAUUACCGCGACCGCGACCCGAGCGCUGAUCUUCAUCGAGGCAGAUGAGCCCUCUAUUGGGUUAAUGGCAUUCAUCGGGGUUGGUAUGGUCGAAGUAUCUACAUGCGAUAUCACCGUCAAAGAGGGAGAUCACCUGCAGAAAGGCGAUGAUAUGGGCAUGUUCCACUUUGGUGGAUCCAGUUACUGCCUGCUCUUCCGGAAGGGUGUCAAAGUCUCUGGCUUCCCCGAACCCGGAAUGGAGGAGAAUGUGCCGGUGCGAAGCCAUCUGGCCACCGUGUUGUGA